AUGUCUUCCACCACCACUAACUCCUCCGCUCAACUUCAAUCACCCGAUCAACUACUCUACCUCUGCGAAGUGGUGCAAAAGUCAGAGGACUAUGCUCGAUUGCAUCACCUCCUUGCCUACUGUCGCGAUGCUGCUCCUCCGAGUGUUCAGCAAAGCGAUACGGUGGUGAAGUGCCUGGCGGUGUUGGCGCUGCUGGAGGGCCGCUAUCAAGACGUCUUCGCCAUCCUUCAGACACGUUACUUUGCACCACGUCACCACGCGCGGUUGCAGGAGCUCUGGCUGCGAGGUCACUACGAGGAGGCUGAGCAGGCACGAGGCUGUUCACUGAGUGCGGUGGGACGCCAUCGCUUGCGGAAGAAGCAUCCCCUACCACCCACCAUCUGGGAUGGGGAGGAGACGAGCUACUACUUCAAAGAGAAAUCUCGAAGGCUGCUGCGUCAGCAGUACGCUGAGAAUCCUUACCCCUCGCAAUGGGAGAAGAAGGAGCUUGCACGACGCACCGGCCUCACUGCUGUGCAGGUCUCCAACUGGUUUAAGAACAGACGACAACGGGAUCGAACAGGAGAGUGCCUUUCGCCGGCUUCAUCAAAUAACUCCUCUUCGUCGGCCUGGAAGUCGGCAGUGUCAAAAGCUGCCCCUGAAGAUGUGCAAAAAUGCGAAACUACGGCACUGAGGAGUCAGUCAUGUUUUCUGACUGCUACAUCCUCCUAUCAGCCAUUUGAUACAUGUGGUUUGCAGACGACCUGGAGUGCAUCCAAUGAUUAUCCGCCUCACCCUUCCACAUUUCUCGACGAUUACAGCGUCUACAGGAGUCCCGCACAAGUCUUCACAGAUUCCAAUGCACCUUUGGCAGUUUACCAACCAGCAGGUGACUUCGCAUCACUUCCAAACUGGAAGCCAUCGAUCUCUUCACCCUCCCAUCCAACAUCGUCCUUCGAGAACUACUCAGAGGGUUGUCAUAGCGACGAGUACACCAGCACACCACCGACCACAUUCAACCCUCACACACAGGUGUUACCACCACCGCCAAUACCACUGCCACUGCCGCAACAGCAAGUUCCCCAGGUGGUUCUGCAUUGGACGGAGUGA